CUGGACGUCAGUGUCCCACUCCCGCACUGAUUCUCCUCACUCACUUCAACGCUAGCUGACUAGCUAGCUCAACAGGGAACUACAGCAGAGACGGAAACCUGGGGAGAGUUGACUAUGGCCGAACUUGAGCAACACGAAGCCGAGCAGGACAUGGAGAAGAAAAUUGAGGAGACGAGACAGAGAUUCAAGACUGAGUUCCUCCAAGAUUCAACAGAUAGGUAUGACUCCAAAGAUGUGGAAAGGCUUCAAGAGGACGAUGCUCUGGUGGAGAGCUACCUGGAGUGGAGACUUUAUGUUGUCGAUGAUGCCUUGAAAAUGAUUGAUGAAAGUCUUCAGUGGAGAAAAGAAUAUAGUGUGAAUGAUCUCACUGAGAGCACAAUUCCCAAAUGGAUGUUUGAAACCGGUGCUGUCUACCUCCACGGCUAUGACAAAGAGGGCAACAAGCUCUUCUGGUUCAAAGUAAAGCUGCAUGUCAAGGACACAAAAACGAUCGUGGACAAGAAGAAGUAUAUUGCCUUCUGGCUGGAGCGGUAUGCGAAGAAAGAACCUGGGAUGCCGCUCACUGUGGUGUUUGACAUGACGGAGUCUGGCCUCAGUAAUAUAGACAUGGAGUUCGUGAAGUACAUCAUUAAUUGCUUCAAAGUAUACUAUCCAAAGUUUUUAUCCAAAAUGAUCAUCGUGGAAAUGCCCUGGAUCAUGAAUGCUGCAUGGAAGAUCGUGAAGUCAUGGUUGGGUCCCGAGGCCAUCAGCAAGCUCAAGUUUGCAUCCAGAUCUGAGAUCCAGGGAUUCAUAGGCGUUGAAUACCUACCUCCUCACAUGGGUGGAACGGACACUUUCAAGUACAGCUACCCACCUCUUCCCGAUGACGACUUCCAAACGCCCAUCUGUGAAAACGGACCAAUCGUUAGUGAUGACGAUACGGAGAGCAAAGAGGGUGAAAUGGAGAGCAAAGAAACCCUCGAGUCCAGCUUCAGCUCUGAGAUCGCGGUUAAGCCCAAAAAGGUGAAUUUCUUGGAAGACAGUAUGAGGGCAGAGGACAAUGAUAAAGGAGACACAAGUUCCAGGACCAAAGGGGCCAGGAAGCCACUUACCACCUUCAAAGGCCCUUUGCUGGAUGUUAGCCCCGCGGAGGAGCUCAGCUUUGGUUCUGCAGAGACAGAGAAAAAAUGCCUCAUUAUCCUCAGCAACGUAACCAAAAAUCAGGUGGCCUUCAAGGUACGGACCACAGCACCUGAGAAGUACAGAGUGAAGCCCAGCAGCAGCAGCUGUGAACCUGGAGCUUCAGUAGAAAUAGUGGUGUCCCUACAUGGAGGUUCUCAAUCCUCUCCGCAGGACAGAUUUUUGGUCAUGGCUGCCGAGAUGGACAAUGCUGGAUCACAAGAACUCGCACAGUUCUGGAAAGAAGUACCAAAAGCCAAGAUCAUGGAACACAGAUUGCGCUGUCAUGUUCUGGAGAGCGUUAAACCAACAGCUAAUCCUCUCAGAGACGGCCCCGUGGAGACGGGGACCAGCAGCCAGCAGGAAUUUAACACAGCGCUCAUGCGAGUGAUGACCUGCAACGCACGGAUGGAGCAGAAGCUGAAUUUGUGUCUAUGGCAGCAGAAGGUCCUCAUUGGGUUGGUGCUGGUCCUCGUGGUGCUGAACCUCCUGUGUCUCCACCUGCUGAGUGCUUCCCCGCAGCCAUCCUGACCUGCCACAGCCGCCUCCGCCCUGUAUCUGUCGACCACGGACACACAGACGGUUCCAGCUGGGUCACAGUCGACCACCUGAGGGACCGUCAUCCUGAGCGCCACCCUCCCCACGGGAUGCUGUCAUGGAGGGGAGGAGGGCUGACUUUAGGGACAUGUGAGUUGUUGUGGAGUUACUAUAUGAAGAGAUUGUACUCGUCUCUUUUACAGGCACUUGAGAGUUAAAACAACAGAGACCCUUUUAACAAUGUGACAUCAAAUCAUUAAUGUAUUUUUUAAGACCAACCAUGGUAAAAAUGAAUGUGUAUUUAUUACCACACAAUAUGUAGGAAGAAUUAGUUAUUUUUGUGGUCAUAAUGUAAAUUUUUUUUAUAUUAUAUAAAUCUACAGAAUAUAAAAUAAACA